AUGGCAAUCCAUUCAUUACAAUCAAAAGGAGAUGGGCCUCCUUCAGCAAUCGAAGCAAGAUUAUUGGAAACACGCAGGAAGCUAGUUGGACUUGCUAAACCUGCUGAUCCUUUGACAACAGAAAACGCAGCAGGACCAUCAACAAUAACACAUCCGUUCUACGACAAUCACAGUAGAAAUUUUGAUCGAUCAUCUAUACAAUCAACCAUCGCAGAUCUUCAAAAGGGAUUGAAGUCUUUUCUAUCCGAUGCAAGCAGGGAAAAUUCAUCUGACGCAAGCAACGUCUACCCUUCAAAUGGUACGGAUUUCACCAUUGCGGUUGGUGCUGAAGGAGGAACAGAUACAGAAGCACUGAAAAAGUCGAAUGACCGCAAGUCGCUACUCGUAAGUCUUUUACGGGAGCAGAGCAACCAUUCUUUGGCUGUGUCUAGGAUACGUGAUGACCUUGAUAGUCUGAUAGGAGGGGAGGAGAUGAAGAGUGUUGCUUCAUUAGAGGCAUUAAUGAUAUGCGCUCUUUCUUUGGAAGAUAAUGUGGCUAAUUCGUGGCCAACAAACAACUUGGAAGAUGCAUCAAAAGGUUUGGAUGAUGCAGUACAUGCCUUUGAGUCGAUCGCAAAGGAGAUGCAGCUUGAAUCGUUCGCAGACCAACACGAAUCAUCCUCAAUAUCGGGCACUGAACAGCAAAGACGGGCGAAAGAGUAUACGAUCACAUUUGCAGCACGCAUUCUCGUCAUUGAUGUGGAUUUGACUUUGGAACAGGACAAUCAAAUUUGGGUGCCGAAGUCCAAAGUCAGAAUUUCUUAUGCAACUGAUAGCUCGAACGGGAAUGAUGCGAAUCGAUUUCGAAAUGCAAAUUUGGCAGAGUUGCUUGGAAAAGACGUUCAGGCGAUCGCUGCUGCCAUUUUUGGAUGUACAGAAGGCGAUCGAAGAAAGGACGCUGCAAGGCAUCUGGGACGAUUACAGUCUACCGUCAAAGCUUUGAAGAGACUGGAUGACUUGAGUGAGACGGUCACAGUGUCGGGCUAUCCUGACUUGUUUGCUCUGAUGGAAGAUAUUGGAACGGAAAAGUUGUCAAACUGUAUCUCCUCUUCCAAUACCAACGAUAAGAUUAUCAGUCGGCAACAUGAUGGCUACUCAUAUGCUACGAUCCUCUUGCACGGGAGCACAACCUCAGAGUUAAGGGAAGAGGCAGAAUCGAAGACAUACAUGCUGAGAUUGGAUAUCGGGAAUUCAACAUUAAUUGCUGACGCUAAUACAGAUGAUGAUGAGAUGAAGUUACCCAAGUUGCAGACAUCGAAAGAAGAUCCAUCCUUGCAAUUUUUGAUUCGCUUGGAGCCAGCUCUGGGAAUUGGAUUGCAAGACGUGCGAAGGAUAUCGAAGAUUAUUGGUCUUGAACCAAAAGAAGGUCUUGCAAAAAGCAAUACUUAUUCACAAGAUGACAACCUCGUAAAGCGGAUCGGUCUUUUUCGUCUUGCACAGACUCAAUUCAGUCAAAUUGAAGUGGAAGAGGAGGAGGAGGCUGUAUAUGUUAAUUGCAUCCCUAUUGCCUCCUUCAAACAGCUAUCGGAAAUUUUACCAAUCUUACAAGAACAGGUCAUUCUCAACGAGAUUACUUCUUCCAUCCAGGCCGGAGCUGGCCAAAAUGAUGAAGAACAAUUGACUACCCAAUCUGCAAAAGUCUCUUUCAAUCGUUCAGAAAACAGAAAGCCAAUCAUUCGCAUUCGCAUCGAUCUGGAAGGUGAACCCAGUAAAACUCUAUCCGUAAGUCUUCAAAGGCUAGACGAAGAAUGGCUCUUGGAAGGCGGUCUCGCUGACAAUGAUGGCAACACAAUUCAAACUCUCACAACAAAAGAUGCAACUCACAUCGCUGCCCUUCUAGAGCAACCCAAAAGCGGUCUUCGUGGUGCAAUUGAAAGUCUGCGCGAAUGGGCAGCUGAAGGUGCGUUUGAGUCAUCGGCUCCUGUAGUCAAGAGAUUAAAGAGGCGAUCGAGUGAAGCUGGCCUUUCAGAAGGCAACGCUGAUUCUGUUCGACCUACCAAUCGACCUAGAAACGAAGAUGCUUAG